UAUCCUCUCAUUAUCUCAACUUUCAUGAAAGAAUAUCAAACCAGUGAUAUGAUUAUGUAAGCUCAGAAUUUAAUACAUUUCUUUAAAAGAUUGAUAAAAACUUUUAUUACACCAUCACCAUAUCAACAUCAUACAAACAUGUGUUGUUUAAUCUGCUAUAUCAGAACCUGUCAAAUGUUUAAUUUCACCGCUUAUUUUGACCACAGCUACAGUGUAACAUGUCCAAAGAAACCAAUUAAUGAAUGUUCAAAAGCCAAACUAGGCCAUAGGUUGUGUUGCACAACCUCUGUGACGUUUAUUGCUUGUGGUGCCCUUGGAUCCCGAAGUCGGUUUGUGGCCCUUGAGCUCUUCUGUGCAGCGGGAUCAGGACAGGAGUGAGAUUCGGGGGUUCGGAAGCAAGAGCUACUGUUUUUCUCAGUGAAGGAGUAUUGACAACUGCACUAGUAAUGGUGUUGUUCUGCGCGGAUCUUCUGUGCUGCUGCUGCUGCUGGUCUCUGGUCGUUCUCGCGCUCAUCGCCGCGGUCCGGUUCUUCCGAGACUCCCGUCAGAUCACCGGCAUCCACGAGAAGCACGUCCUGGUGACGGGCUGCGAUAGCGGCUUCGGACACCUGGCGGCGCGGCAGCUCGACCGGCGGGGGUUUCACGUGCUCGCCGCGUGUCUCACGGAACCUGGUGCCUCCAGGCUGCGCGCGUCCGCCUCCCCCAGACUCAAGACGCUUCUGCUCGAUGUUACCGACAGCGCGAGCGUCGAUCGAGCGCUGGAGCGCGUGCGCAGCGAGACCGGGGAGAGAGGUCUGUGGGGUUUGGUGAACAACGCUGGCAUCUCGGUCCCCAUCGGCCCCAUGGAGUGGAUGCAGCUGGAGGACUUUAAGAAGGUUCUGGAUGUAAACCUCAUCGGUCUCAUCGAGGUGACCCUGAAGUUUCUUCCUCUGCUGAAGAAGGCCCGUGGUCGGGUGGUGAACGUGGCCAGCAUACUGGGCAGAGUCUCACUCAUCGGGGGAGGAUAUUGUCUCACUAAAUAUGGUGUGGAAGCCUUCUCUGAUAGCUUGAGGAGGGAUAUGAUGCACUUUGGAGUGAACGUAAGUAUCAUUGAACCAGGCUUCUUCAAGACACAAGUAACCGAUCUGAGCCUCAUUGAAGAUGAUCUGAAGAAACGGUGGAGCAACCUCCCAGCAGAGGUCAGGAGAGCCUACGGAGACUCAUACCUGCAGGACUAUAUAAAGGUGCAGGAGUUCUCCAUGAAGAUUCUGGCCAGUAGUGACCUUUCCAAAGUGACGUCAUGCAUGCAACACGCUCUUUCAGCACGUUAUCCCCGAACACGCUACAGUGCAGGCUGGGAUGCCAAGUUCUUCUGGAUUCCCCUCUCGUAUCUGCCGACAUGUAUAGCAGACAUCUUCACCAACAUUAUAAUGCCUUCCACGAACAAGAGCUGAACGUUGCUACAAAAAACUACUGAAAACAGCACUGCAGCUCAACAUAUCAAUACAAGCAUCUUUGGGAAUAUUUGUCUUUGAAACUGAUUGCAGUGUGCAAAAAUGUUUAAACAACUCUGAAUCUUGAAAAACAAUUCUGAUAAUUUGCAAAAAAAAAAAAUCCUACUAUUACCUGAUUUGAU